AUGGCGACUAUUACCAACAGGGUCGAGGACUGGGCUCCGCCCACCGAGUCGCCGGGCAAAGUUCCCCAGGUGACUGCGGGAAAAAGCGGGGGCAAAGAUAUCAAGGGAGACUUUCCGCUGGACCAGAUCGUCAUUGAUCAGCUUCCCCCAGGAACGCAGGUUCAUUCCUGCAAUCGACACAGGGCGUCUACUUGGACAGUCACGGCUAAGAUUGAAACAACUCUCGCAGACGGCGAACCGAAGUUUUUUUUCCUCAAGUGUGCAGAAGAUGAUCAAGGUAAAGCCAUGUUGGAGGGAGAGUUCCAUUCCAUGACCGAGUUAUACAAAGCAGCACCAGACUUUGUUCCGAAGCCUCACGAUUGGGGAAAGCUCAACGUCUCGAGCCCUGACACGUACUUCUUUCUGUGCGAUUUCAUCGAGAUGACGAGCCAAAACCCGGACCCUAUCCAGCUGUGCACAAAACUUGUUCAACUUCAUCAAGCAAUCCCAAAGAUUCUUGGACCGUUGGAGGCAGACGGGCGGAUCGUGAAACCGUGUUUGAUCCACGGGGACCUUUGGGAUGGCAAUAUCGGAACCGACUUCGAGACUGGAGAAAUCUACAUCUUCGAUGCGAGCGUUUACUACGCGCAUAAUGAGAUGGAGAUCGCUAUGUGGCGCGGCACUUUCAACAAAGUGGUUACUUCGAAGGUCUAUUUGAACACCUAUUUGGCAAGGAUGGGCAUCAGUGAACCUGCAGAGCAGUUUGAUGACCGCAACCGGCUCUACAGUUGCUACAUGACUCUUCACGAGUCUACUUGUCAUAAUGGCUCGAGCUUUCGGGAACAGUGCUACGAGAACAUGACCUACUUGAUCAAUAAAUAUGCGCCGUUUCCUAGGGGAGAAUCUGGAUUGCCUGAGGAUACUGAGAAAGAUGGCUAA